AUGGAUCGGCCAUUGCUGCUGCUGCUGCUGCCGUGGCUGCGGGUGCCUCUGGGAAGGUCGAGUCGAGUCGAGGAAACUGACACUCUCGCGCGCGUUUGCAGCUUCCCUUAUGCGGACAAGCCCGCCGAGGCCGCCGACCACGCGGCGCUCAUGUCGACCCUGUACACUCUCGUCUGGAAGGACAACCGCACCGUCCUGGGCUAUCUGCGGGACCACGUCGUCGAGGCCCUGCUGGCGGUGCCCGAGCCGAUCCGGGGUCCCGUGACGGUGGACCGGGAGGCGCGCACGAUUCACGCCUUUGAGUCGUCGGCGGGAGAGGCCCGGCGCACAGAGACGGUGGGCAAGGUCAUGGCGUACUGGCGCGACAACGACACGUUCGAGGUGCUCAGGGGCUGGAGGGACGAGCCGUGGCCGGUGUACGGGUCCGUCGACGAGGUGCUGUACAGCGUUGAGCGCAGCGGCGCGGGGCUGUUCGGGGUUCUGCGCCACGGGGUGCACAUGAUGGCGUAUGUCUUGGAUAAUGACGGGGAAGGGCAUCGGAUGAAGAUCUGGAUCUCGCGGCGCUCCCCCACGAAACAGACAUAUCCCGGCAUGCUGGACAACACGGUCGCGGGCGGUUUCAUGACGGGCGAAAUCCCCUUUGAGUGCAUGGUGCGGGAGGCCGACGAGGAAGCCUCGCUGCCCGACGCCCUGAUGAGGGAGCGCUGCAGGCACACGGGCAUCGUCACGUACAUCCACAUCACCGACGAGCGCGCCGGCGGCGAGGCAGGGCAGAUCUAUCCGGAGAUGCAGUGGAUCUACGACAUCGAGCUCCCGCCCGACGUGAUCCCCGUGCCCAAGGACGGUGAAGUCGCCGGGUUCGAGCUCAUGACCGUCGAGCAGGUGCAGGACGAGCUGGCCAGGGGCAGCUUCAAGCCCAACUGCGCGCUUGUGCUGCUCGAGUUCUUUGUCCGGCAUGGCAUCUUGACUCGGGAGAAUGAGCCGGGCUUUGACGAGAUUGUGGCCAGGAUGCACAGGGCACUGCCGCUGCCGGGGCCGCACCUGGCUUAUCGUUCUCCGUCGUGA